UCGUGAGCACAACACAUGGCCCUCAGGGCGUCGACACUGCCGAUUGAGUCACACGCCUGGUACACUUGUUGCCUCAGUGUCACGUCAGCAGCAGUAUGGGGCGGAGGCCGAUGCACAACUGCAGUACUGCUGGAGGAUGACAAAUCCGAUGCCCUCUCGGCUCCAGUCGGUGAUGGCAGCGGUGGGGCGGGUUUUAUCGUAAUACGUCAGACCGUCCUUGGCCAGCUGGCAUAUAGUGUCCUGGGCUUGGCGGAAUUUCUACUGAAGCUGGUCGUCCCAGUACACGUGUCUUCCGAAGUCCGGUGUCCCAACCUCACUACAACGCUGACUACUGCCUUAAGUGUGGUAGUGGAGGAUAGAGGCCGAGUGGAGGCUACAGCGGACUAUUCCUGCGAGAAGGGGAGGAGGAUAGUCGGGAAUAGUCAGCGGAAGUGUGGUAGUAAUGGUAUCUGGAGUGGCAGUCAACCGCGCUGUGAAUAUGUGACCUGCGACCUACCACAAGGCUUGGAUAAUGGUAGAAUAGUCCGACUCAACCAGACCCUGGAAUACGGUAGCCUGGUCGAAUAUCACUGUCUACCGGAACACAGGCUGGUCGGGGGAGCUUGGAGGUCAUGUGGCGAGCUGGGCGAGUGGUUGGGUGGAGAACCGAAGUGUGUGUUGGGUAAGUAG